GUGGUCGUGGUUUUGGAGGCUCCCGAAGAGGCGGUCCGCUGAGAGAGGAGCCGAGCCAGGCCUCUCUGGGCGAAGCCGGGGAGGAGAACAAAGGGGCCUCUCCCAGGGUCUUCUGCAGGAAGCCCAGCCCUGUCUCCCUCCCUCAGGAGAGAAGAGGCAACCGUGCCAGGCAGUGAGUGAGUGAGUGAGAAGGCGCUUUCCCUCAGAAGGGCCGCUUCGUGGAUGGACCAAGGCGGGCUCCGGGGAGGAGGGCCUCUUAACGCAAAAUAUGUUGUUGGCCUUUGCACCAAGUGAUUGAAGGGGAACAGAAGAAGCCCCCACCUCAUUGAUGACAACAUGGGAAAUACAACUACUAAAUUCCGUAAAGCACUUAUAAAUGGAGACGAAAGUUUAGCCUGUCAAAUAUAUGAGAGCAACCCUCAACUAAAAGAAUCUCUAGAUCCUAACAUUUCUUAUGGAGAGCCGUACCAGCAUAAUACUCCAUUACAUUAUGCAGCUAGGCAUGGCAUGAAUAGAAUAUUAGGGACUUUUCUCUUUGUGAGAGAUGGUAAUCCAAAUAAACGAAAUAUACACAAUGAAACAUCUAUGCACUUGCUUUGUAUGGGACCUCAAAUUAUGAUAUCUGAUGGAGCUCUUCAGCCUCGUUUGACACGGCCUUACGAAGAUGAUUUCAGAAGAGCAGAUUGCUUGCAGAUGAUACUGAAAUGGAAAGGAGCAAAGCUUGACCAAGGCGAAUAUGAAAGAGCAGCUAUUGAUGCUGUUGAUAACAAAAAAAAUACACCUUUGCACUAUGCUGCUGCCUCAGGAAUGAAGACCUGUGUAGAGCUUCUAGUAAAACAUGGUGGAGACUUGUUUGCUGAAAAUGAAAAUAAAGAUACCCCAUGUGACUGUGCAGAGAAACAGCAUCACAAAGAGCUGGCACUUAAUCUAGAAUCCCAGAUGGUGUUCUCACGAGAUCCUGAAGCUGAAAGCAUUGAAGCAGAAUAUGCCGCUUUAGACAAAAGAGAGCCAUAUGAAGGGCUACGACUUCAGGACCUAAGAAGGCUCAAAGAUAUGCUGAUUGUUGAAUCUGCUGAUAUGCUUCAAGCCCCUCUGUUUACUGCAGAAGCUUUGCUUCGAGCACAUGACUGGGACAGGGAGAAGUUACUUGAAGCUUGGAUGUGUAAUCCAGAAAACUGCUGCCAACGUUCAGGGGUUCAGAUGCCAACUCCUCCUCCAAGUGGAUAUAAUGCUUGGGAUACACUUCCUUCACCAAGAACUCCUCGAACUACUCGCUCUUCUAUUACUUCCCCAGAUGAAAUUAGUCUCUCACCAGGAGAUGUUGAGACAACUAUGUGUGAAAUUUGCAUGUGUAAUAUUUCUAUAUUUGAAGACCCAGUAGAUAUUCCUUGUGGACAUGAGUUUUGCAGAGCAUGUUGGGAGGCAUUUUUGAAUAUGAAAAUUCAAGAGGGUGAAGCCCACAAUAUUUUUUGCCCAGCGUAUGAUUGCUUUCAGCCUGUUCCAGUAGAGAUCAUAGAAAGUGUGGUUUCCAAGGAGAUGGAUAAACGUUACCUGCAGUUUGAUAUUAAGGCCUUUGUUGAAAAUAAUCCUUCUAUUAAAUGGUGUCCUACACCAGGCUGUGAAAGAGCAGUCAGGCUAACAAGACAAGGAUCUAAUACAUCUGGUUCAGAAGCCCUAAGUUUCCCGUUGCUAAGAGCUCCUGCUGUGGAUUGUGGGAAAGGGCAUCUUUUUUGCUGGGAGUGUCUGGGUGAAGCACAUGAACCUUGUGAUUGUGAAACAUGGAAAAACUGGCUACAGAAGAUAUCGGAAAUGAAACCGGAAGAACGUAAGAAUGUUGUGGGAGUUAGCGAGGCUUAUGAAGAUGCAGCCAACUGCUUAUGGUUACUCACCAACUCUAAACCAUGUGCCAAUUGCAAGUCUCCCAUUCAGAAGAAUGAAGGGUGCAACCAUAUGCAGUGUGCAAAGUGUAAAUAUGACUUCUGCUGGAUUUGCCUUGAAGAAUGGAAGAAGCAUAGUUCUUCCACUGGAGGAUAUUAUAGAUGUACUCGCUAUGAAGUAAUUCAGCAUGUAGAGGAACAAUCAAAGGAAAUGACAGCUGAGGCUGAAAAGAAACACAAAAGAUUUCAAGAACUGGAUAGAUUUAUGCAUUAUUACACCAGGUUUAAGAAUCAUGAGCUCAGCUAUCAGUUAGAACUACGCCUUCUCAAAACAGCCAAAGAAAAAAUGGAGCAACUGAGUAGAGCCCUCAGUGGACCUGAAGGAGGAUGCCCAGAUACCAUGUUCAUUGAAGAUGCUGUUCAAGAACUUCUCAAAACCCGCCGCAUCCUAAAGUGUUCUUACCCCUAUGGAUUCUUUUUAGAACCAAAAAGCACAAAGAAGGAAAUAUUUGAACUUAUGCAGACAGACCUUGAAAUGGUAACAGAGGACCUUGCCCAGAAAGUGAACAGGCCUUACCUUCGUACUCCUCGUCACAAAAUCAUCCGCGCUGCCUGCCUUGUGCAGCAGAAGAGGCAAGAGUUCCUCGCCUCCGUUGCCCGAGGAGUUGCUCCGGCGGAUUCUCCAGAAGCUCCAAGGCGCAGCUUUGCUGGUGGAACAUGGGAUUGGGAAUACUUAGGAUUUGCAUCCCCUGAGGAAUAUGCUGAAUUUCAGUAUCGGAGGAGGCACCGGCAGCGGCGGCGUGGAGACAUGCACAGCCUGCUUAGUAAUGCUCCGGACCCUGAGGACCCCAGUGAGAGCACACUAGAAACCCAAGAAGCUGGCAGUAGUAAUAGAAGACAUGGGAAUUCCAUGGUGAGUUCAGCUUCCAUGAGUAUUCUUCACAGCUCUUCUCUUCAUGACUAUACUCCUGUUAGUCAUUCUGAAAACCAAGAUUCUUUGCAGGCUCUGAGUUCCUUGGAUGAAGAUGACCCAAACAUCCUGCUUGCUAUUCAGUUGUCGUUGCAGGAAUCUGGUUUGGUUAUUGAUGAAGAAACCAGAGACUUCCUGACCAACGAAGCUUCCUUGGGAGCAAUUGGUACUUCUUUGCCUACAAGGUUGGACUCUGGUCCCAUAAACAUAGAUAACCCAAGAGCGGCUCUGAGCAGCUCCGAACUUUUAGAACUUGGUGAUAGUCUGAUGAAGCUAAGUACAGAUAGUGAUCCCUUUUCCACCGACCAUCUUAGUUCUCACACUUUCAGUGAUGCAAGGAGUGGCUUGUACUCAACGUCUAGCGAAGCUGAUUCAAGUAGCCAAGACCCCAAUAUAAACGAAAACCUCCUUGGGAACAUAAUGGCCUGGUUCCACGACAUGAAUCCUCAGAGUAUUGCACUAAUCCCUUCCGCAAGUACAGAAACAGAUGAGGAUUCACAGCAACCCAGCACUGAAGAAGGGUCAGUGGAGCAACCCCAUCUUCCAGAUCUGAGGCAGGAUCCUCUGGAGGAGCAUGCGCUUUUUGAAGACGCACUCAAAAAUGAAGGCAGAGGCACCCAAACCGAGGAGGGCGCCACUGCUGCUGCUGGGGACCUUGUUACCGGAGAAGCAUUGCCACACAGUGCGGACACAGCUAGUGAGGCAGCCAGCCAAGCUGACGCUUCAGGAGAUGUUUCAAGUCAGCUAUCUCAGACCUCGCCUGAAUGGACUGAACACUCACAUUUGGUGUGAUCACAAAGAAGUCUGAACAUAGGAUUAUGGUUAUAGAGCCAGAAUGGCUAGGCAGUGUCCAGUGGUUCAUGACGUGGAGUAAGUGUCCUGAAGACUUUGGUCCAUGUUGUUUGCCAGUGGUCUCUAGAGGUGAAAUAAGUAGGAAUUCCCCUGAAGUUCUUUCUGGUGGUUUUUGGGAACUUUUCAGGGAAUUUCUAUUACAUUUGGCAGUAAGUGUCUUGCUUGCAUUGAAGAGAGAGGAAUGAUCUGUUCUCCCCAUUUCUAAUACAAUGCAGCAUCUAUUUAGCCUUAGACUGGUGAUCCUUAACUUGAAAGUAUGGAUUAAAGGCUUACUGAGACAAAUUUGGGUUAUUGGCCAUACGUAAUAAAACAUUUUCUCUUCCCCCUUUAUUUGAAUUGUAUUUUGACAAAACAAAGUUUGGCAGUAUAUAUUAACACCUUGCUUUCCCACAGCAUUUCCCUAACUAAUCUUGAUCUUGCUGAGGUAUGUAAUACUUCUUUCUAUUGCUGCUUGACAACCAAGGAGUGGAUAGUCUUUUCUAAACAAAACUAACUUUUUAGUAUCUAUUAACAGUAAGGCCCCAUCUACACUGCCAUAUAAUGCAGUUUGAACUUCAUUAUAUGGUCAGUGUAGACUCAUAUAAUGCAGAUUGAACUGCAUUGAACUAAAUUAUAUGAGUCUGUAUUGCUGUAUAAUCUAGUUCAAAAUACAUUGUAAUGGCAGUGUAUAUAGGGGGGGGGGGGGGGGUAAGAUGUGCCAAACUGUGAAUAACAAACCCAAUUUCAACGACAAUAUAAAAGUAUGCAGUAUUGCUCUUGUAAAUAUACCCAUGAUUCUUAAUGACGGAAAGACCACUUGAAAGAAUUGUUUUUCCGGAAUUUAACUGGCAUUUAUUGCCAUGGUGACUGCAUUAACAUAAGGUACAGGUUAAGUUAAUUAAGCUCAAUUCCACUGUAAAGAACAGUUAUUUUAAACGGUUGAUUAGCAGCACAUAUGCUGUAAGGAAAGACACUUUAAUGGAAGUGCAAUCGUAGUUCUUUUCAUAAUUAACAAUGCAUCCUCUGCACUAAUAGUGCAUUUAGUAAUGGUAACAUUUUAUAAAGAUGUUUAAUUUUUUUAGUUAAGAGGCAGUCCCAUAAAAAGGUUUAAUAAUAAUACAUAUUACAUGCAACAUGUUACUGUGCCUUUGCCUAACCCAAAUUGAUAGUUGCCACAGUUUAAAUGAGUUAUAGUUAUCUGUUCUGGAGUUUACUAUGCUAUGAAUUGCAAAAACCUCCAUAAAAACCACUCAUGGCCUUGCCUUUCCAAUUAAUAAUUACAAAGGGUACAAUCCUUCCGCAUCUAGGUACAUUGCUCACCCAUAGAAGGAACCCAUUUGACUCGGUUGAGUCUUCCCCCAACCCCAGCUCAGCAUGCAAGGGCCGUGUGCCUCAUUUCUAUCCUGUCCUCCUGCUCUUCUCAGCCAAAUUACUCGAGAAGUAACUUGGUUGGAUAGAGCAAGAAUGGUAGGAAUAGGACAAGUGCACACACUGAGCAGAAGGAUGAAACAGGGCUUUAAAAAGGAUCCCUUUGUAUGCAGAUCCCUCUGUAUGCAGCUGCUGUGUCCACCUAGGGAAGUGUUGUAUCCCAAAUGUUAAGUUUUAUAUAAAGGAACAAAACACUACUGUGUGUUCUUGCAAUUGCACAACGUCUGUUUGGUGUAUGGUUGCUGUUUCAUGUAAAAAAAAUAAAGAAGAAACUCCUUCCUUAGUGGUGUCCUACUGUAAAGAAAAUUCUUGUUGAGAUGGACUUCAAAGUGUCAAACCUCAUUGUAAUUUACAGUGAUGUAAUUUAACUAGAAGAAAUUGUUCCGAUUACUGUUUUGCUCACAUAUAAUCAAAGCCUAGGGUGUCACAAGCAAAAUAAGUGAAAUGCUCCAUUUUUAUGUUCAACUUGAUAUGAGAGAUCUGCUGACGUUUGAAAUAAAGGUUUCUCACUACUGACUAUGUACAGUUAUGUAUUAUGAUGGCAAAUAAGGUUGUAUGUAUAUUGAUUAAUGUGAGUUACAAGAAAAAAGUGUUACUCCUUUUCAUUUAACAAUUACUAUUGGAAUCUCUCAGACUCUGCAGCUGAUAAUGCUAAAUAACUACAUAUUAAUUAUUUACUCAAAAAAUCAGAAGAAAAUAAGUUUCUCCUGGACAUUUCUUUAGAAAGAAUAGUCUGCUGCUCUAUUACUGUAUUCUGUAGAUCCAUUACAUUUUCUAGCUUAGCUUCUAAUUACCCUGUCCUGAAAGUAUUGAUGCUGAAUUCCUCUUUUCCAGACUCGGAAAAUUGUCUAUUUAAACAUUUGUUUGGGAUAUAAUCCUUUAAACCUAAAAAAGGUCUUAAAAAUUCUGUCCUCCUUAAUUAGUCUUUUACUUUAAUUUGAAAUGCACAUACAACUUCCUUAAGUUUUAAUUUCUAAAUAGGAUGAUUCUCACACACAUUUGGUGUAGUGCAUUAAGAUGUCUUGCAAAGUUAAGAAAAGAUUUGUAUGAGUGCUCUCUGUGAUGAUAGUGAAGUCUGUGGGUUCUGGUUUUUCUGUAACUUGGUUUAGAUUGUGCAGUAUAUUUCAUAGUUUCUGUGUUAACUUUAUUCUGAGCAUGAAGUUUAGCAUAUUAAAUUUGUAUUUUCCUGCUACAUAUUGAAAAUUUAAGACCACCCCAGUCAUUGAAUUUACAAUUCAGAAAGAAAUUUUGGCAAGCCUAUUUUAUAAACCAGUUUAAUUUUAUAAUGUAAAAAAGUACUCUAAUCUUGAAAAUGCUAUUUGCACUUUCAUAGUCUAUACUUGAUACAUUCCCACUUUAUAUACAAUAGAAUAUUACAACCAUGUAGAUGUUUGGCCAAAUGAAUGCUGUUAAUAAUAUGUAAAAUUCUUUGAUUAAACAUUUAUUACUUAAACUAA